GACAUCGGGUGGCCAAAGCUGUGACCCCGUGCCAUGCUGCGUCGCCUCGCGCCGUGACCCCACCUCCCAGCCCCCCACCCCCGGUGCCAUGGCGGUGCCGGGCGCGGUGCCGGGCGCGGUGCUGGUGAUGCUGGCGAUGCUGGCGAUGCUGGCGGUGCCGUCGGCCGGGAGCUGCCCCACGCGCUGCGUCUGCGCCUCCAACAUCCUCAGCUGCUCCCAGGCUGCUCUGAGCUCCGUUCCCACCCCGCUGCCGCGCUUCACCGCCGUGCUGGACCUCAGCCACAACAACAUCAGCCGCCUGCGUGCCGACUGGGCGCCGGGCCGCCUGGCACACCUGCACGCCCUGCUGCUGGCGCACAACGGCCUGGCUUUCGUCUCCACCGAGGCUUUCACCCACGUCCCUCACCUCCGCCACCUGGACCUGUCCUCCAACCGCCUCCGCGCGCUGGAGGAGAACCUUUUCAGCGACCUCCCCGAGCUGGAGGUGCUGCUGCUCUACAACAACGAGAUCUCCGCCGUCGACCGUUCCGCCUUCGACAACCUGAGCCGCCUCCGCAAGCUCUACCUGGGGCGGAACCACAUCGCCCGCUUCCCUCUGGAGCUGCUCCGCGAUGGCAGCCGCCCGGCUCAGCUCUCCCUGCUCGACCUCUCCUCCAACCGCCUGCGUUCGCUGCCGGCCGCCGAGCUGCAGGCGCUGCCCGCGUGGCUGCGCGACCGCCUCUACCUGCACGGCAACCCGCUGGGCUGCGACUGCCCGCUCUUCCAGCUGCUGGCCCGCGGCCGCCACCGCCGGCUGAGCGCCGUCAUGGACUUCCAGGAGGAGCUGCGGUGCCAGCUGCCGUCGGCGCCGAACCGGGCGCCGGUGGCCAUUCUGGAAUUGGGCUCCCGAGAGCUGCUCAACUGCAGCGAGGCGAAAGAAGCCGUGCUGGAGGCGUACCUGGGGGACAGCGUCACGUUGGGCUGCGACAGCCGCCUGCGGGCGGCGCACGGCCGCCACUGGGUGACGCCGGGGGGGGACAGGGUGACGGAGGAGGGCGGCAACGGGAGCGCAGCCGUGCUGGCCAACGGCAGCCUGCAGCUGCGGGCGCUGAGGCCGGAGGACGGCGGGACGUACGCGUGCCGCGUGUCGGGUCCGGCUUUUAACGAGACGCUCUACGUGGAGCUGCUGGUGCACAACUUCACCCUGCACGGCCCCCACGACGGCCUCAACACCGCCUACACCACGCUGGUGGGCUGCAUCCUCAGCGUGGUGCUGGUGCUCAUCUAUCUGUACCUCACCCCGUGCCGCUGCUGCUGCCGCGCCGCCGAAAAGCCGCCCGCCCCUCCCCGAGACGACAGCCUCAACUCCUCCGUGCUCAGCGCUACCCCCAACCACGCCGUCGGGGAGCCCCCGCCCCCCCCAAGGCCCCGCAUCGCCGGGCACCGCGCCGCCCCGGGGGGGCAGAACGGGAGGUACAAAGCCGGGGGGAGCCCACCGAUGGCGGCGGUGGUGGGGGGGGCACCGAGGGAGGGACCCCGGGCGCAGAGGAAGGUGUCGGAUCCAGACUCGGUCAGCUCGGUGUUCUCCGACACCCCCAUCGUGGUGUAGGGGAGGGGCACGGUGUGGACGCUCCCACCCCCCCGCCGGCUCUGCAGAGCACAAGGGAUGUGAGGACUGCGGUGGGGAUGCUGUGACGUGGAGCCC